ACCAACCCCCCACAGCGCGGCAGGGGCAAAUCAAUUUUCGUCCAGACGCCGACGGUUACAGCCAUCACUCCCCUUAUUACAGGACGGACUAUUCGGCACGUUAUCCUCUUGUCUCCGCGUUUAACCAGCAAAAUCUCGGUGAACAUUAUGGUGCGUCUCAACAAAUAGCCCUUGGCAACUUACGUCAUGUAUUGCAGGGACUCAACGAUCUGAACAAACCCGGAGUGCCCAGAGAACAGGGACGACGGGGUUCGCUGGUGUUACUACUAGCCAUUACCCAGCAGCGGCUGUCUCAACACAGGCCAUUUCACAACCUCAGAGAAUGCAUGCUCAGCCCCAACCAACAGUUUAUGCUCAGCAUCCUGGAUCCGCCCAACGGAUUUCGACUGUGGUACCACCCACAGCUCCUUCUUUGGCUCAGCCUCGGGCAGCGCAUCCUACUCAGCCCGUUCAUCAUCAAUCUCAGAUCACAGCGCGGCCACCUUCAUCCGCGGGGUCAGAAACACCUCUGCAACAGAAUGUACAACACCUUGGAGCGCACCACCACAAACCACAGCAGCAUACCUUGCCGUCUGUCUCGGCAACUCAACCGGCCCCGCAGCAACAGCAACAGCAUCCAAGAAGUUCACAAGCUCAAGCCCAAGAAGCGAGCGAGAGUUUCCUUCGUGCUUUCCAGCAGGCUGUACAGUCUGGUCCUGAACAAACCGCGACCUUUGUUACGAAAUUGCAUCGUGCAGGCGUUGGUCUGCACUGGUUUGAACUCGCGCUUCGUUCGCUUUCCGAGCAACAGCGGAAGGCAGUUUUUCCGGAGUUCUUGCAGCACUUACCUCCAGAUUUACGGCCGCGGAGUGCAACAUCACCAUCGGCGUCGGGACCUUCGACCACUGCCUUGACUUCUCAAAUACCUGAAUCUAUUACCACGGAUAUCACUGAGAGUGUAUCACCGGUACAGACAGGUUUAACCGGAGUACAGACCGAUGGAUCUGCGCCCCAGGCUCCUGCUUCCCAGCCCGUGACAGUACCCCAUAUCACAAUCCCCAAGGAACCCGCUCCUAUUCCGCUGCAUGCUCCCAGGGUCCCUUCACCUUCGGUGGCAGCGAGAGUGCCUGCUACAGAUCUUCCCGUUACGCCUAAAUUGCAGGUGGAAUUGCGCCAACCAACCGCCCGCACACCACGGCAAGCAGAUAAAAAGCGGCUGGCGUUCGAUAUUUUGCGUUCGCUUGGGCGACCGGUCCCUACCUCUGACGCAAAGAAUGUGGCGAAGAGCAAGGAAGCAAGCCGGCGACCUGCUCCGUCGCCUAGACCGGUGGGGGGUCCCACUGCAGAAUUCCCACCAACUUUAACAGGUAGUCAAGAAAAUGAGCAGGCAGCCGAACAGGCAUCUUCCCACGCAGUACUUGCCGUGGACCACGCUACAGAGUCCCAACCAGUCCUCACGACGCCAGCUGCCCCGCCGGUCAUGACGACACCAGUUGUCCCACCGGUCAUCACGACGCCGGCUGCCCCGUCGCCCAUCACCACGCCAGUUGCCCUACCGGUCACCACGAUGCCAGCUGGCCCACCGGCUAUCACGACACCGGUUGCUCCGCCAGUCAUCACGAUGCCAGUCACCCCGUUGGUCAUCCCAAGUCCAACCGCCCCACCAGUCAUGGCGACACAACCCCCGCUACAGCCUACUACUGCUCCAUCUCCCACUCGGCAGCUACCUGGUCAAGUCAAUAUCACUGUACCGUCAGUGUCCGCAGACCAACCAGCACAUCUGGACGACCAAAAGCCACAGGUUUUAAGUGGCGCACCAAUGGUAAUUGAUCUGACAUUGGACGAAAUGGGGCCGACAGCUACUGUAUCGCACGAAACCCCGCCUGAAGUCCCCUCGCCAAUACCUUCCAACUCUCGGUUGAAUACUGAGCAUCCGGUCCCAACUCACCAACUCCAGAACCUCUAUCUGGAAGAACGCCAUGUAGAACCCCUCGCCAAUGCUCAAGCGGGAGACAUACGUAUGGCUUCCCCGCCUUCAUUGCGUGCUGAAACAGAGCAUGUUACGCCACCGGAUGCCGAAACCGUGAAGGUGGCGCCUGUUGCUGGGCCGUCAACUUCUGAAAAACUCAGGUCACCUUCACCGACCGAGGACCAGAAUCUCGCACUUGGCGGGUUGCCUCUGUUCCUGCCAUCCCCACCUGCCUCUCUUACGGCAGAUCGGUCUUCUGCCCCUCCACCUCCUGAUACAGAUGAUGAUGGCUUUGUACUUGAUGAUGCUGGUAGUCUACCUCUGUCGCGUAAACGAUACUCGACUGAACGCGAAGACGGAGAAGCCAUCGACACAGAUUCAUCCGUAGUCGUGGUGAAAAAGAAACGAAAGAAACGUCCAUACGUACUUGUUCCUCCUCCACCCCGGUACGUCAAGAAGAUUAAGGGAUCCAGGCGGAAAGAGGGAGUUGCACGGGCAGAUGGGGAAACUACGGAUGAGGGCGACUCGCGCUCAAGAAUCCAAUAUAGUCAGCCUGAGACAAUUCAAUUUAUCGAGCAUGAACGGUUAGUGGUCAAAGACGGCACCUGUCGAUUUGCUGAGAGGCCUUGUAAAUGGCGAGACUGUGAUGCCGUUCUCAACUGUGGAGUGAACUUGUUUGCUCACUUAGAGAAGCACGGACAAGACGAUCCGCAGCGAAUGCCAUUUCGAUGUCGGUGGAAAGGAUGCGGAAAGAAAUUCCGUACAAACGAUGAUCGCCACGAGCAUUUCAAGGUUCACGGUAUAUUCCCCAUACCAUGUGCUUAUGCAGGAUGUGAUCAAUCCUUCUUUGAUUCGACCGAAGCAUUUAACCAUAAAGACCGAGAACACGGUGGUCAACAAUCACCCGCUCAGCCGCCUAGGCUGCCGUACCCGCCAGCCAUCCCCGCCACAGUAGGACGUCUUCCACCCCGACUACCCUCGUAUCGCGUCGUACCCCGACGCGUACACAAAGCGCGAAUCAGCGCCGAUCGACAUGCUGUCGUCGGUCCUUGGGUACUUUGGAAUAUAUUUGGUCCUGUCCAGUUGAACACGAAGAAGCAGAAUGUGUCAAUCCGCGGUCGUAUUGCAGCCGACAAAGGCGGAGCAAAGGCGGACGCGAACCGGGAUGAAUACGAUUUUCUGCUACCCCUGUCCGCUGGUUCGUCACGCGUUACGCCACUCGACGAGUUGCACUCGUCGGAGGUGACACGAACGGUUGCGCGUGGGUUAACGCUAUGGGGAGGAGCAAUGGGCGUGGUCGCCACGCCAGGUGACGACUCUGUUUCUUCGGAAUCCCUGAAGGUGUCGGAGUCCCCGGCGGCCGUGGAUCGACGAGAGGCAGAGGCUGCGGUAAUUCAUAUGUCCGUGGACUCAGGGGGGCAGGGCCGAGCACCUGCGGCAGAUGCCGCUGAGAAAGAAAGUCCGGCAAAGAUGCUGACAUUUUGACAAGGACCCCGCCAAACAGCCAGUUUCUUUAAGCUUUUGAAAGGUGUUCCUGAUGGGGUUGAUCAGCUGAGACUGAGAGACUCAAUGACCGCGGUUGUAUAUUGGAUGCAAUGUGUGGGAGUUUGCUAUGGGAUCUUGGAUGGCUGAGCGCUUAUUUGAUAGAAGCAUGUGCAUAAUGCCUUUACGACACACUCCCAUUCACACCGUCGAUCGUAUCUUUUGUUUUCAUUGCAA